AUGACGAAGCCAUCCGAGCUCUUCCUGUUCGCCGAUUACAUCAAGCUCUCCCUUCUAGAGCGGCAGCACGCCAUAUCGCUGGACCUUGAACCAAAUGCACACGAUGACGUGAUCUCUUGGUCGCUCGAGUCCCUCGAAGAUAGUAUCCAAGCUAUGGAGGCCGAGCAGGCACGGCUCAUAGAGUCCAACGACAGCGCAGGCGCCGCCGCCCUGAAGGACGAACUUGACCCUCUCCGUGAGCAAUUCCAAGACCUUUCCUCCCAGUUUUAUGGCACAGACGGCGGCCCUUCCACCCAGGACCCGGCGCAGGCAUCUGACUCCGUCUACCUGUCUGCAACGUCGCCCGACCUCAAACAACCCGUUCCACAACAUCCCCCUUCUAAGUCGGUGCGGUUUAUGGAUAACUCUGCUGCUGCUGCUGCCGUACAAGAGGAAAUUGACGAAGAGGAGGAUCGGAACCGCCAGAAUCUCUUUCGCCCGUACCGCGACGAGCCGUCGCCGCCGGGCGUCGACCAUUCCAAUAUGAACAAUGAGCAGAUCUAUGAGCACCACGACCGGAUGAUGCGUGACCAGGAUGAGCACCUGGAUCGACUGGGGGAAUCUAUUGGGCGUCAGCAUCAGCUGAGCAUCCAGAUUGGAGACGAGCUUGAUGGCCACGUCGCGCUGCUGGACGGCAUGGAUGGCGACGUUGAGCGGCACCAGACCCGGCUGGACGGCGCAAGGCGGCGGCUGGACCGCUUCCGACGCAAGGCCGGCGAGAAUUGGAGUAUGAUGACCAUAAUCGGGUUGAUUAUUAUUCUGGUCAUCUUGAUUGUGAUUUUGAAAUAA